GCUGCUGCACGCACAGUAACCCUCCUCUCGCCGCCCUAGACUUGGUCUGGCUCCAUGGUAACCGGGAAGCCAAGACACACGUCAAGGGCUGCGGACACCGCCGGUAGUGCUGCGGGCUAAAUGUCCACGGUGCUUACCGGAAAUCUGCCGCUGGAUCGCCAUCGAUGGGUGGCCGAUCCCCCCCGAUUGUCACUGACCCCCGAUGACGGCAUCUGCCUCUGACUCGUCCUCGGAGAUGGUGUGAGGAAGGACUUGGGCUGACAGCCCGGCACUCCGGAGGGCACCAUGCUGAACCAGCGGAGCAGGAGCUACUCAAAUCAAAAAACUCAACUGGAGGUAGAUUUAGAGGAAGACCGGCAAGCCUUACUGGAAGACCAGAGAGUCAUCAGGCAGCGGGCGCGAAAACUAUCGGUGGAGACAAAUCGAAGAAGAAAAGCGCUUGAGGAAAAACAAAGAGAAGAGGAACAAAGGGAGCAGAAGUUCCGGGAAGAAGUUCUUCAGCAGAGAAAGCUAAAGCUUCAGGAGGCGACAGAAAAAUUUCAGCGGGCUCACCUCCCCCCAUCGCAACGCCGGAGAGCUGUUUAUACUGUACAUAAAAGGCCAACUCCAAAACUUGAAGAUGCACUUGACCAAAUUCAGGGAUCCAUCCCCUCCACGUAUUACUACGUAACCAAUCACAGGAGCCCUAAUGGCACCAGAACAUCAGACUCCCCUUCCAGCUUAUCAUCGAUAGGACACUUCACGUGGCCCAGAAGGCAACAGCCGGCGGCCAAGUUGGACCUUGAAAGAAUCUUUCACGAUCGGUCUACGGUCCAGGUAGACAGCAAUCAGUUCUACUUCCAGCACAAACUGGAGGAAGCGCAGCGCCUUCUAGAGGAGCAGCAUCUAAGCAACUUGCAGAAUUUUCACCAAGAAGUUGCACAGCUUACACGUGAAGACAGCUUGUCCAGCUUGGACAGCCUAGAAGGAAAUUUAGAGCCGGCAAAAGAAGAAAAUAGCUCAGUGUUUUCUUCUGUCCCGUUACACAAAGCACUUGCAGACAUUUCUUCUUCCUCCGUGAAUAUGGGAUAUUAUAACACUGAUGAUGGUGUCCGUGGCUUCAACAGUCAGACAAACCUUCCCGAGCCUUCCAGACCUCUACCUGGAGAUAUGAUUGUAGAAAUGCGCUUUCCAGUAGGAGAUGAAGAGAGUGUCCCUCAAAAUGGAUUCCAGCAGAAAACGAUGGACACCUUAACAAGAAAUGAGAAAAUGCAUCCCGUAAGUACAUCCAACCUCUCCAUGUCAAAUCAACAUGUCAGUCAGGUGUCCCGAGUCUCUGGAACUGAGAGCAAGUUAUCCUAUUAUGACAGAGACAAUGCAUCUUGUAAUGUGGUGGUUAGACCAAGCAGAGCCUGGGCCACUCCCGACCCAACUCCAAAAGAGACCAUUCAGAUGUCUGUGCCUCAUGAUAACAAAGACACACCACAACACCCUGGACUAUCAGCAAGACCCGCAAUGACUCAACCCUUGGCAACCCCAGUGGUGGUUCCAUUUUCCGAAAGCUCUUCUAAUAGCUUCCAAUACAAUAUAAGCUCAGAUCUAAAAGUAAGUAAACACUCAGAUAAAAUCCAUUCAAUGAGCUUAGUUCCUGACCCUGAGAUCCUUACAAAUAUAUACAAUGCACAGUUCCAUACUAUAAAAACCAGCCACAGAAAACCUGAAGAGAUCAAUAGCCGAGAUAGUCCGUUACAUCAAAAAAGGUCUUCACCAACCGAAACUGAUUCGGGCGUAAUACAAGAUCCAAAGGGUCAUCAAAAUGGAACGGCACUUUCUCUCAACGAUCCUGACCUGGCGUUGUCUACUCUCUAUAGAAAGGCAAGAAUUAAUACUGCCGGAAAAGAAGGGAAGAAGUUGUUAAAGAGUAUAUUGAAGAAGGUCUCCAAGUAUGAGAAUGGUUACACCAGAGUGAUGGGUAUUAACAAGAUGGUUCUCAGAGGGGACAGGGCCUCCACCGGCAUUCGAGACAGUGUUGAACUGAUAAAGGAAAAAGAGCAUAAGAAAACAAACAAUAAAAAAUUGAGGUGGUUGGAUGAAAUCGAUAAACUCAUGGAUAAUCAAGGUGUACCAGGUAUGAAUGGGGCAAUGCAGGCUACCGUAAAGUCCUCAGUCGAAUCCACAGCUGCGGCAUACUCCAAAGAGAACGACCUGGCCCAUACAACUUCACAAAAUGGCCAGACAGGACCUCUUGCAGGAACGCCCAGUUCUGUCUUCUCUACAGGUUACCAUUUCGCUAAGCAGGCAUGGAUGGUUUCUAAAGAUGAGGAACCAAAUUCUGUAGGACAUAUGCACACAGUUAGAAGCUCUCCAAAAGCAAAGACAAGGGUAGUAAGACGUCCAAAAUCAGCCAGAACCCCAUCGUCAGUGGUGCACCGGAAUAGGAAGGGCAUUAUAAUUCGACCACAGUCAGCAACCGAGGCCAGCAGGAUUGCAAGGUCUCAGGGAAAGAUCAUGACUCCUCAUCCUCCUCCGAGGCCUGCUUCAGACAACAAUAAUAACAGAGAACCAGUGGCCAAGGCUCAGCCAGUCACCAUUUCUCAGAUUAAUCAUUCAAACAAUGUUGUGUCAUCUACCAACCAUGUUAUAAUCAAGGACAAUAUGGCUUCUCAGACCAUGUCUCAUUCCUCGGGUAAUACACAGAUCCCUCAGGCUUAUGUUCCUUCUGAUCCGGACAAUGCUUCAAAGGCUGCUCUUGCGUUGAAUAGCGAGCGGCUGUUGGCUUUGCAAGAAAGCUUGCCAGUUCCUGUCAAACGGCACCCAGUUUUUGGUGAAAAUGGGCUGCGUUUGGAUCAUACGCCCACUGAUGAGGAAAUCGCUUUCUUGUGGCAAGGAGUGCGAAGUGCCUUAACCCACAAAAACGCUGCUACAGGUGAUUUCCGUGCUGGCGUUCUGCCUUCUCAUUUACAGCACACACAACCCAACCUGUCCCACAUCGUGAUCGACGGAGCAACACUGAGCAACUGGAGGUCACUGUCACGAAUAAACGGCUUCUUCUCCCCACUUAAUAAUGGUUAUGUCACCCUUUCAAGACGGAAACCGAUUCUAGACAACAAUGAGAACAAGCGCAGAGCAUUGCUGGAGCAGAGGAAAGGAAGACCCGCAUCUGCCGGCUGGGGGCCCUCACAUAUUCAGAACAUGAACACGGUGAAGAUAAAUCCUUUGUCAGGUGCACAUGGGCCCGGGCAGAAUCACAGCGCCACUCACCCUGGUGAAGUCUCAGAAAGCACGGCUCAGUUUAUUCUGGCGGAGAAUCUGGUGGAAACAUCUGCAUCAGAUGGAGAAAUUCUAGCGGCCAUGCAGGAGGUGCAAGCAAACAAGCACAGCGGCGUAGUAUACAGAGCUCCGCAGACGGCUCUUUCCAUAGAAGAACAGAGGCUCCUUCAGUCACUCGAUCGCCUCAAUCAGAGACUGCAGCAUGUUCAAGAAACCACAAUCAAGCCCUCAGCAGCUACAAUUGGAUUUCCGCCAAAAUCAGCACUGAAGAUUCCCCAUUUCCCACCGCAGCCGGCAGAACACAUGACCCAGGCACAAAAGUACCGAAGUCUGUCAGCUGAUCCCCGCACCCGCCUGCAGAGGAGAUACUGAAAGUUUUGGAGGGGGGGGCGAGCGUUUAGUAUCAUCCAUUGUAUUAUAGUAGGACUGUUAACCCUUCAUGUCCCUGAACGCAUGUACAUAUGUAUAACUGUUCGCCGCUGUACUAUAUUUAUCGUUUUUUAUUGAGAUGUAAUAUAUUUUAAUGAUUUGGGUGACUACAGGCGGCAUACUUAACUUUUCUACAUUUUUAUGACAAGUUUGCACUAGCAGUACGCUCUAGUUUCAUGUUUGUAGUAACCCCACUGCUUAACGGCCAAGUUCACAUAUGGAGGAUCAUUUCCGCCAUGGACUUGGCUGAGAAUCCACGUCGAAAUCUGCUUAUAUUGCAGGCGGACUACGUUGCGGAUUUGGCUGCGGAUUCACCGCUCAUUUUGUUCUAUUGCAUUGCAAAGAGGGAAAUCUGUGGUGAAGAUCUGCAGCAUUUCUGUAUAAGAUCCAGCUUGCCUUGAAUUUUGUGCAGAUUUUUUCCGCUAUACAAAGAUGAGGGUUUUGAAAACCAGAUCAACUUUCACUGUACUGUAAAUUGCUACAGACUCGCGGUGCAGAAUCUGCAGCAUGUGAACCUGGCCUUAGUCAAUCAAAUAAUAUGAAUAGUAGCCACAGCAACCUGACGGGUGACAUAUUUCACUUUUUAAAAUGUGGUUAGUUACCAUUUCAUGUUGUUUAAAUAGAUACUCAGCCUAAAUUUAUUUUUUAGCAAGAAUUGGAUUGGGUAAUGACAGGUCUCUUAAAGGGCAUCUGUCAGCAGUU